AUGACAGAGGCAAACGGGACCACCGAGCUCCCCAAAACGUGCAAAGCUGGCGUCGUAGUGAACGAAGGCCCCGACUUCACCGUCGCCGUCGAAGACGUCCCAGUCCCAACACCAGGGCCCAACGACCUGCUCAUCAAGCUCAACGCGACCGGCAUCUGCUACUCGGACAUCCACUACAUGCUCAACGACCUGCCCAUGGGCUCCAUGUCCUCGUACGGGGUACGGUCCCCGGGCCACGAAGGCGCGGGCGUCGUCGUCGCGCUGGGCUCCAACGUGACGACGUGGAAAGUCGGCGACCGCGCCGGCAUCAAGCCCGUCUACGACUGCUGCUUCGCGUGCGAGCUGUGCUGGUCCGGCCGCGAGAGCUACUGCGACGCCGCGCCGCAGAUCGGCCUCAACUUCCCGGGGAGCUACCAGCAGUACGUGCUCAGCCCCGCGCGGUACACUCAGCGCAUUCCGGACGGUGUGGAUGACUUUGUCGCCGGCCCGAUCAUGUGCAGCGGCAGCACCAUUUACUGCAGUUUGAAGGAGGCCGGUUUGCGGGCGGGGAGUUGGGCGGUUUUUCCCGGGGCUGGGGGUGGGGUCGGGCAUAUGGGGGUGCAGAUUGCCAAGGCGAUGGGGAUGAGAGUCGUGGGGAUUGAUGGGGGCGAGGAGAAGAGGGAGCUGUGUAUGAAGCUGGGAUGCGAGGCGUUUGUGGACUUUACAAAGGUGGAGGAUGUGGCGGCUGAGGUUGUGCGGAUUUGCGAUGGGAAGGGGGCGCAUGGAGUGUUUGUCACGGCGUCGAGUGCGCCAGCGUAUGCGAGUGCGCCGGGGAUGUUGAGGAUAAGCGGGAAGAUCAUGUGUAUUGGAAUUCCACCGAUAGGCACUGCAUUCGCAGGCGCGGAUCCGCUUCUCUUGAUUGGGAAGAAUCUUACAUUCAGUGGAACGAAGGUCGGAUCACUACUGGAUACAGCGAGAGCGCUUGAGUUUGCGGCAAGAGGUCAGCUAAAGCCGAUAUACGAGGUGUUUCCAGUUGCGAAAUUACCAGAAGCUGUAGCGAAGUUACGAAGUGGAAAAGUUGCUGGGAGAUUGGUGGUCGAUUUUAAUGCUUGA